UUUUAAUCCGUGCAGCUCGGUGGGCGGGAGCGACACGCCCACGGAGAUCCACGGAGCGCUCAGACCAGUUCAUGGGCGCUCAGAAACCGGGACCUGUGGAUCUGGGUCCUCAAGAAAAGUCUGAUGGUGUUCUGACAGCGCAGCAGGAGGACAAUCAGAGAGACGAUGUGCCAGUUGGGUGUGCUGAUGAUUUUUGCCUUGCUGGUGAGGACGGGACUGGUGUCUGGAUGCUUUUGUCCAGCAGCCAUCGCUUUGCUCGACUUUCCUCCUGAGGUUCCUGCUGAUGUCUGUUGCUUGAACUAUUCCGGCUCUGCUUUCAGCCAUGUGCCGUGGUCUGCAUUUACCAACUGGACGAAGCUGGAGAUACUCGAUCUUUCCGACUGUAACAUCAGUUCUGUGGGGAUGAGUGAGGCAGCCGGUUCCACACUGCGAGAGGUCUACUUAAGUCACAACCAACUAGUCUCACUGCCAAUGGACUUUCUGGCUAAUGAGUCCAGCCUGAUGGUGCUAGAUCUGGGCUGGAACCUUCUGCAGGAGCUACCUAAGAACUUUCUACAAGACUCCAACAACCUUAAGGUGUUGGAUCUACAAGGGAACCAGCUGCGGUUUCUUCCACGCUCUGUGCUGCAGCAUCCCAGUCUGCAGAGGUUGGAGCUGCAUGGAAACCCCUGGGACUGUUCCUGCAGUUUCAUGGAAAGUCUGGUGGAAAGCUCUUGGAAUAAUCAGACCUCCAAGAUGCAGGUGCUUGUGGGAAACAUCACUUGUGUCUCUCCCCAGAACAUGGCUGGCAGGGUCGUGUGGUCGUUGAGCCUUAGUGACGUGUGCCGCCUGCCUGGCCUCACGGUGCUCUUCAUUGUGCUGCCCCUUCUCAUCCUCUCCACCUUAGUGAUCUGUUGGUGGUGUGGAAGGAAGAAGAAGAAGAAGGAAAUGCUAGCUUUCAGCACUUCCAAGAAGAAGGCCUCCAGUGCCAACUGCAACGGGCAGAAGCAUCGCCCAAAACCACAGCCUGUGUUUGAUCACGACAAAACUGGGGACCUGAAGACCAAGGGGAUCCUGAAGAACCAGAUGGUGCUUCACCCAGCGUCCAUCCUCCUGGGCAGCACCAAGGACAUCAGUGAUGAAGUCCAGACUAAGGACUCAGUGGAGUCCCUGCACCAGGCCUCAUCACACUGUUCCAGCUCUACAGAUGGCAAGCGGGGCUCCCAGGAACCCGAUGCCGCCAGCAAGUCGGAUCUGGACACAGUCAGUGUAACAGAAGUGAUGAAAGACUCGGCUGACAGGGAGAAGGCUUAUCUGACCCAGUCCACGGAAUACUACAGCCUGGUGCCGGGGAUCAACCUGGAGGACUCAGACCAGGGUGAGUAUGAGAGUGUGGACCUCUCAUGACCUCACUGAGCAGGCUGAGAAAACAGGUUCGCUGCCGACGCUGUGGUCCAAAGUAUCACAAUGUAAGAGGAAGUGAUUUAAUCCAGAGCUUUUCCUGUGGGAUCUGAGGAACGCUGCGGUCAUUUUCCAAAGGAAUUGUUCACCUUGAAAAAGUGGAGUUUUGCAUUGUUAUCUUGAACCUUUGCACGAAAAUAACUGAUUUAAGGUUCCAAACCAAGCAAACAUACACUUCAUGAUGAUGAGCCAUUUGUUACAAAGAGGAGGACACGUUUCUCUGAACUUCAGCACCGAUUGAAGUCUGCAGCUCUGCCAGGCACAAACAUUAGAUCAAGAAACAUCUCUGGAAAUGAGAAAACCCCGAACACCAGACACACUCUGUAUUCUAUAUUUAACAAUAUAAAGUUAUGACUAUAACUAACUGUAUUUAAGUGUAUAUUCUGCCUUCUUGCAAUGAUGUUUAAUUACAUUUUUCCUCAUAAUAUUAUUUUCAGGCACCGUCUUCGAACAUGUUGCCUAUUCCACACCAUAACAAACUAAUACUAAUAACGAACAUAACUUCAUCCAAUUUUGUGAAAUUUGGCUCUAGCCACGCCCCUUUAGGCAUAUGCACUCAACAAUGUAGUCACACCUAUUCCAGCCCAGGCUUUUGGCAUUAUCAUAAGUCUAUAAAUUAAAAUAUAAAAAAGACAAUUUUUUUAAAUGGUCUGGCUCUGCUCCUUUUCUAGAGUUACACAGAAGCUUAGUAGCAUGUUGAAAUUACAGAUCAGUCCUGACCUGCCCCCCCAAUCCCCACCUUCACU